AUGGAGCACUUGAAGUUGUGGGACCUUCGCCCCCCAAAGUGCGGGAACGUCGCUUCAAGUGGACUUCAGACGGCUAACAACAACAACACCAACAACAAUAACAAUAACAGCCACUCCAAUAACAAGGACGAUCCACGUGCAAAAAUUCUUUUGCUAUUUUUCAGAAAUACCCUUGUCAGCUCAUCUAGUCAAGAACUUUCUUCAAUAAUCGUGAGAGAAGAUUACUGCGAACUAUAUUGUGGAGGUCCUUGUAUUAAUGUAUCUUCAAAUAAGACGUGCAAUGUAUCAAAUAAUAGAAUUACUACCUCAGAAUACCAAAUUGAACUUGAGGGUUCGAUUAUAAAAUUGAAUUGGAUUACCAAAGACUUUAACCAAUCGGGAGUUUUGCGAGAUACUCUGUGCUAUUUAAGGUUAGCAAACAUAAACGGAAUGGUUAAUUUGGAGUACUUUGACCCAUACACCGAAUUGAAGAUAAUUGAAUUUGAUCGUCGUUCAUAUAUACCGUUUGAAAAUUUAACCGCUUUUAUAUGCUUCGAAACGAAAAAUUUCUGUAACUUUACAAUUGGCAUAAAUUACAUACCGUGCCCCCCUAUGUGUCAGUGCCUAUAUUACCGAAGCUCUAAUGUAUUUUCAAUAAAUUGUUCCUGGAAUGAAUUGCUAGACGUACAGCCAUUACCAAUUCCAAUCAAUGGAAGCACAUCCCUAAUACUUCAAGGCAACAACCUGACCCAGCUGCCCAAUAGAUCCUUGCCGGGAUAUAGUAUUGUGGAAGAACUCGACGCGUCCUAUAAUAAACUAACUUCUCUGGAAGUAAGUCAUUUGCCCAACUAUUUGGAAUAUUUCGAUGUUCGAUUCAAUCAUUUGCAUACUCUUAGCGAAAACUUGUUUCUGGAGGGAAACCCAUGGUCGUGCAGUUGUGAACAUAAAGAGUUCCUGAAGUUUGUAAGGGGAAAUGCUGAGAAUAUUAUUGAUUCUGCAGCAAUGAUUUGCGGGGAAACAGGACAUUCCCUAAUUGGCGUAGAAGUGAGUGACAUUUGUCCAUCGGCUCUAAUAUAUUAUGCAACUUUAACCGCCUUCCUAAUGAUUCUAAUUUUGGGGAUUAACCUGUUGGUCAUCUUCAGGCAACCCAUUUUGAUUUGGUUCUAUGAACACGAAAUAUGCCUCAGUCUGGCUGUUCGUCGGGAGCUCGAUUUGGAGAAAAAAUUCGAUGCCUUCCUGUCCUUUACCCACAAGGACGAGGAGCUCGUUGCGGAGUUUGUGGAGCGUCUAGAAAACGGGAGCCACAAGUUCAGAUUGUGCUUUUAUCUUCGAGAUUGGCUAGUCGGUGAGUCAAUUCCCGAGUGCAUUAACAGAUCCGUAAAAGACUCCAGGCGCAUAAUUAUCCUGAUGACAAACAACUUUCUGAAGUCCAAUUGGGGUCGCCUCGAAUUCCGAUUGGCCCUGCACGCCACGGCAAAGGAUCGCUGCAAGCGUCUGAUAGUUGUCCUCUAUCCGGAUGUGGAGAACUUUGAUGACCUGGACAGCGAACUGAGGGCGUAUAUGGUGCUCAAUACAUACUUGGCAAGGGAUAGCCCGAAUUUCUGGAACAAGCUGAUCUACUCAAUGCCGCACGAGAAGCUCACAAGGCAGACUCAACCUCAACACUAA